GCUAGCCCUGCAUGUGCGCAGGGAUUGAUUCGAUACAUGCAAAGCAUAUGGUCCCUGCAUUUAAUACCUACCUUUUAUUUAUUUUUCUUUACCAAUUUAAUCCCUUCGUUUGGUAUUAUCUGAGGACCAUCAAUAUAUAUAUUCCUGUAACAGCUCAAUCAUCGAUUCGACUAGCAUAUUUGUAGGAGCCAGGGAGAGAGUCGUGAGUAUCCAUCUCCAUUGCCGAGCUUGAAGAUGGGGGAGAAGAUGAGGAUGACCAAGCUUUGGGCGCUUCCUCUUGUGGUUUUGGUCCUCGGGGCGUCGGCGCCGAGCGUACCGGCGGUGCCUAUCACCAUCCUCACGUCCGCCGUCGCCAAGGGGGCCGUGUGCAUGGAUGGUACGCCGCCGGCCUACCACAUGGACCCGGGGUCCGGUGCAGGGAAGAAGAGCUGGAUCGUCAACCUGGAGGGAGGCGGAUGGUGCGAGAGCGUGAUGGCGUGCAUGUACCGCAAGGGCAGCCGCCUCGGCUCCUCGAACCUCAUGGAGAGGCAGCUGGAGUUCCGUGGCAUCUUGAGCUCCAACCCCGCUGAGAACCCUGAUUUCUACAGCUGGAACCGGGUGAUGGUCCGCUACUGCGACGGCGCGUCCUUCACCGGCGAAGGCUACAACGCGGGCUCGAAGGUCUAUUUCCGGGGCCAGCGCAUUUGGAACGCCGUCAUGCAGCACCUCCUCUCCAUUGGGAUGUCGUCGGCGGAUCAGGUGCUGCUGGCGGGCGGCUCCGCCGGGGGGCUGUCGGCGAUCCUGCACUGCGACCAGUUCGGCACCUUCUUCGCCGGCCGGAGCACCACCGUCAAGUGUCUCGCCGACGCAGGACUCUUCCUGGACGCCGUCGACAUCUCCGGCGGCCGUACUUUGAGAUCCUAUUUCGGAGGCAUUGUAGCCACGCAUGGGGUGGCUCAGAACCUGCCCAGGAGUUGCACCGGUCAUCUCGACGCCACCUCGUGCUUCUUCCCCCAGAAUAUAAUCGGCAGCAUAAAUACCCCCAUCUUCCUGCUGAAUGCAGCCUACGAUACCUGGCAGAUCCAUGAAAGCCUGGCCCCGGACGUGGCCGACCACAACGGCACGUGGCGAGCCUGCAAGUCCAAUCGUUUAGCUUGCAACGCAUCCCAGAUGAAAGUCUUGCAAGCUUUCAGGGACCAGAUGGUGGGAAUUGUCCAAGGCUUGUCCCGCUCCAAGAGCUACGGCCUCUUCAUCAACUCGUGCUUCACGCACGGCCAGUCCAAAGUCCCGGCUACUUGGAAUGCAAAUGGCUCUCCUACUAUUCAUAAUAAGAGCAUUGCGAAAUCUGUGAGUGACUGGUACUUUGGCCGGGCUGAAGUGAGGGCCAUCGAUUGCCCCUACCCCUGCGACCACACAUGCCAUCACGACAUGUGAGAAGAGCUGCAGAUUUGAUUAGUGUCUUGUACUAUUUUUUGUCAACUCGUUCCAGAGAAGACAAAUAUGUGCAUAUCAAGGCUGGUGACUAAUCACUGUACCGGCAGAUGAGCUCAAGCACAUCCUGCAAAAACUUAAUAUCAAGAUUGAGUAAUUACAACCAA